AAAUACUAAGAUUCUAAAUCAUUUUAUUUGGUAACAUAUUUUCUUUAUAGAAAUGUAGCAGAGAACCAUAAAAAGUUCGAAGCGUAGCAAUCAAGGUGGUUUUCUUGGUAAUUUACCAAAAAGUGUCCCAAAUUACAAGUUUUCACCCUACAUUUCAUUGUGAAACAUGUUGGAGUAGAUAGAUUAAGUCUUGCAUCGAAUGGAAAUGCUCAAGUCAAAAGUACCACAAUGUCCUUAUGUUCAGUACUUGAGUAAAUGUUUUUUUUUUUUUUUUUUACCCCUGGGGGGUUUUGUGUGUGUGUGUGUGUGUGUGUAUGCUUUCACAAUCUUUGUAGGCGGGCCACAAAUGGAAUGGCAGUCUUACAAGUAUUUAAACCAUGUCCAAAACUCUAUGUCUCAUCUGAUGUCAAGCUCCACAACAUACCUGCAUUAAGGACACUGGAGCGUUUUGUCACUGUCCUUCUUUCAGUCUGUCUCUGGAUCGAGGUGUUAUUGUUAAAACAGCAGAUAUGCCAGUCAGGGUGUUUUUAAGCAGCGUGAGCAGUAACCUCGAGAUCAAGAAACAUCAGCAGAAAAUCGAAAUGAUUCUGAGCAGCAAGAAGAUCAGUUUCGAAUGUGAGGAUGUUGCCAGUGAUGAAGAAAAAAAGUCUGAAAUGAGGAGGUUGAUGGGAAACCCAACUGCACUGCCUCCUCAGAUAUUCAAUGGGGACGUCUACUGUGGGGACUUUGACGCAUUUGAGCAAGCAGUCGAGAACGAAGAGUUAGAGAAGUUUCUCAAACUCUAAAUGGAUUGGAGACCAGCUAUGA